AUGUCUUGCUACGACCUGUGCCCACCAAAGACCAGCGUGGCCGUCCCUCAGCCCAUCGCUGAGAGCUGCAACGACCUGUGCACCCGCCAGUGCCCCGACUCCACGGCCUUCAUCCAGCCACCCCCCGUCAUGGUCACCUUCCCCGGCCCCAUCCUCACCUCCUUCCCCCAGCAAGCCGUGGUGGGCUCCUCUGGAGCACCUGCCUUUGGGGGCAACCUGGGUCUGGGGGGCCUCUAUGGUGCCGGUGCCACCCAGGGCUCAGGGGGCCUCUGCACCUUUGGCAGAGCCUACGCUGCUCCUGCCUGCAGCCCUUGUGUCUUGCCCCGCUCCAGCAAGAAGCUCUGGGACACCUGUGGGCCCUGCUAGACCCACACCACACAACUCGCUGACCCCAGACCAACCGCCAACACCACCAGCACCCAGCUGAGCUGGUUGGCACAGGAAACUCAGCAGUCUGACCAGCCCCAGCCAAGGCCUGGGCAGCUGGCAGUGCUGUACACCCUUUGCCCCUUCCCUGCCCUUGUCCCCUGUCCUCUGCUUUCCUCCCCUGCCCUCUCCUCCCUACUCCAGGAUGAGGCAAGAACUGUACCCAAAAUGCUUUGUGGGUCUGAUGGGCCAAGUCCUUGGGAUUUGGAAUGCUGCACCAAGGGGGCAUGUGGAGUGAGAAGCCACUCUCUGGAGAAGGUCCCUCUGCAUGGCACAACAUGUGGCAUCCAUCAUCUCUUGGUCUUGCCCACCAUCUCUCUGACAAUCUCUCCUGCCUGUCUGGGCAUAAUAAAGGUUUCCUGCCUGCAA